GAAACUUGCUCUCUUCCCCACCCCUCUAUAUAAAUCUCUCCACCCCUCUCUUUCCCUCCUCGUGCACCUUCCCUUGCUCCUUCUCACUUCACACCACCUCACCCCACUUUCUACUCCUCCCCUUCUUCUAUCUAUCUUAUUUUUCUCAUAAAAUGGAGGAAAGUUUGUUAUCAAAGAGGCCAAGAGAAGAGCCUCUAAAUAAGGAAGAUUUACUUGAUUGUGAUGAAUUAGAGUCCUCAAAGAGGCACAAGCCAUACAACCACAUACUCUCUCUUCUUGAAUCGGAGGAAGAAGACUCCACUCAAGACCUCUCUCCUAUCAUCACAGCCCUCCAACAAGAAAUCACCAAUUUUCCCUCUGAUUCGGACACCCUUUCGAGCCAACACAAUAAUCUCACCACCGCCAAUAAUAAUAAUUUAGAGGAUUAUUAUUGUUCAUCCUCCACCACUCAAUAUUCUAGUGACAUGGUUGAGGAACAUGGCAAAGAGGGAGUCAUGAGACACCUUCUUGAAGCUUCGGAUGAUGAACUCGGGAUUCCAAAUAUAGGGGAUGGAUCAAAUGAUUUUGGUGAAGAUGGGUUUAACGGUGGUGGAGACAUGCUUUCUUCUAUUUGUGAUGGUUUGUGGCAGCUUGAAGAUGAAGCUGCAAACUACUAUGAUCUCUUGCGCUCUCAACUCUUUCUCUAGUUUCUUUGGCCUCCUUUAGGUGUUAGGGGAUACAGAUUAGUGAAAAACCAUAGUUUUUCUUGCGUUCAAGAUGAAAUCCAAGAAGAAAAAUGGAAGCAUUAAUUUUCUCUUUCUUCUUCUUCUUUUUUUUUUUUUUUAUUAUUAUUAUUAUUAUUAUUAUUAUUAUUAUUAUUUUGUAAAUUAAGAUCAUGGGCGAUGCUUAUGUGGCGGAUAGUUAGGGGUCAAUCUGUAGAAAAAAAAAGGUAUAUCUUAUAUUUACAUUAAACAAAGUAAUUAGCAAGUUAUUUAUCAACGUCAUAUGUUAAUUUAUCUUAUCUUGA